AUAGUACCCAUCACUGCACCCCCCACCUCUCCUCCUCUUCUUCCCCACACUGAUGCUCCCCCUCUGCUCCAUAAUCAUUGCUUUGAUCUGCCACAGGAGAGCUCCAGGGCCAGGACACACUCACUCUCACUCUCUUAUCUCUUGGUGUGCUGGAAAAAAAAUGAUCUUGGGAUGGCGUUAAUGUGCUGUUCUGAGUGAUGAUGGCGUAGAGUGGUGCUUGGGAUGAGGAGUGGUGGCUGGAUCUCUCUUUCUUGGGUUUGCAGCUGCGCUUCAGGGAGGAAAGAUCCACCCCAGAUGUCCGGGCUCACCCCUCUUCUUCUCCUGUGAUGAAGGUAGAUUGCCGGUAUUAGAUUUUCAUGUAGGUUGAUAAGCUGCUUUGAUCAGAAGAAGUUAAGGAGUGCAAUUCUGUUGUCUUGAUUGGAUCUGAUGGAGAUGAUGUCGCCAACGAAUCCGAUGCGGAAGUACUCAUGGUGGUGGGAUAGUCAUAUAAGCCCAAAGAACUCAAAAUGGCUUCAAGAAAAUCUCACAGAUAUGGACAGCAAAAUCAAGCAGAUGAUCAAGAUAAUUGAUGAGGAUGCUGACUCAUUUGCAAGAAGAGCAGAAAUGUACUACAGAAGGCGUCCAGAGUUGAUGUCUUUACUCGAGGAGUUAUACCGUGCUUACCGAGCUUUAGCUGAAAGACACGAUCAUGCUGCUGGGGAACUCCGACAUGCCCAACGGAAAAUGGCAGAAGCGUUUCCUGAUGAGUUUCAGUUAGACUUGGAUGAUGACUUGCCAGCUGAAACCUCAUCUACAGAAACUGACGCUGAUAGCCGUGACAUGACACCAUUUUUCCUCUCCUUCAUCAAUUCUGGUGAUUCAAAAAAGCGAGCUAAAGAUGACCAAGACCAUGAGAAGCUGCAGAAAGAAAUAUCAAAUUUGUCACAGGAAAAUCAAGAACUCAAGAAAAAGAUUUCUUCAGUGUUAGAAAAGAGCGAAAGGGCUGAAUCUGAAGUUGUUUGCCUCAAGGAGGCCCUUGCACAGCAAGAAGCUGAGAAGGAAGCUGCGUUUUCACAAUGCCAACAGUCCAGUGAUCGAUUACAGCUCCUCAAGUCUGAAAUACAGCAAACCCAGGAGGAGUUCAAGAGACUGAAGGAGGAGAUGCAAAAUGGACUGCAAAAUUUGAGCACUGCAGAGGAGCGUUGCCUUCUGCUUGAAAGAACUAACCAGAAUUUGCAUUUGGAGCUAGAUAAGUUAAAGAAUGACUCAAAAGAGAAGCAUGGAGAACUCAAUGAGAAGCAUGUUGAGUUGGAAAAGCUUAGCAUAUCUAUACAAGAAGAGCAACUCAAGAGCAUGCAAGCAGAAAUGACACGGCUAUCACUGGAGAAGCAACUGGCACAAGCCAAGGAGAAACUAAGAAUCUUGACUCUUGAAAAGAAUGGUGAAGCAAGUAAGUUUAAUGACAUUGAAGCAAGCAAAGCUAGACUCCACAAUGACCUGGAGAAGAUUCGAGAAGAGAACCGUAAGCUGGAGGAGCAAAACAACUCUUCCACCUCAGCAAUAAUCCGUCUGCAGGAUGAGGUAAUUUCCUUGAAGAAUGCCCAGCGGCUACUUGAGGAAGAGGUAUCUAGGCAUGUUGAGGAAAAGAAGGUGCUUCAAUAUGAGCUUUCACAGCUCAAAGAUGACAAGGGUGACUCCGAGAGGAAACAUUUUUCAAUCAAGGAGCAAAUACAGGUGGUGAAUUUCAAUGUGGAAUCCCUCCAAGCCCUUGCACAAGAGGUAAGGGAUGGGAAUGUUGAGCUUAAAGAGAUCAUCAAACAUCAUGAGGGUGUGAAAGCCCUUUAUGUUGAGAAUCUGAUGCAAUUAGAGAGGACGUUGGAGAGAAAUGCUCACUUGGAGAGAUCUUUAUCAGCUGCAAGCACUGAGGUUGAAGGAUUACGAGAGAAGAAGGUAGCACUGGAAGAAUCAUGCAAGCACCUCAAUUCCAGGAUUAAUGGCUUCCAGUCUGAGCGGUCCAUGUUCAUUGCACGGCUUGAGGGCAUAUCUCAUACAAUGGAGAAUCUAUCAGAGAAAAACGUGCUCUUGGAAACUUUGUUAUCUGAAAAUAAUACUGAGCUUGAAAUCCUCAGAAGGAAGCUGAAAGACUCCGAAGAAUCCUCACAGGCACUCCGUAACCAGAAUUCUGUACUUCGAUCUGAAAAGAGAACCCUUGUGCAUGAGGUUGAUAGCAUGAAUGGCGCUCUACUCAAUUUAGAGGCCCAGUAUGCAGAGUUAGAAGGACAUCACUUGGAUCUUCAGCAGGACAAAAAUAAGGCGCUUAAUGAAGUGAUAAAGCUACAGGAGAUGUUAAGGCUUGAGAGAGAGGCGCACAAAGAACUGAACUACUCAGGCAAGACUCAGUUCAGUGCUAUACAGAAGCAGUUGGGCCUACUGCUCGAGGAAGCGCGUUGUAAGGAGAACCAGCUUCAAGAGGAGGAGAAUAAGAUCAUUGAAGCUCGGACAGAGAUUUUUGUCUUGCAGAGGUGCUUAGUUGACAUGGCAGAGGGAAACUCUAAUGUCUCAGGACAACUGCAGAAGCAGAAAGAGGCAUGCAAGGUCCAGGAGGAGAAAUUAACCUUUCUGUCACAAAACAACCGUAAUUUAACUGAAGGCAUUGGUUCUGUGAUGGAAGUACUACAUUUGGAUGAUAAAUAUGGAUCGCUUGAUCUGAUGAAGCUUGACGUAAUCAUGCAGCUCAUCUUGCAUGAGAUCAAGUGCUUGCUGAAUACUAUUUCUGAUGCUCAGGACGUGAAGCAAAACCAGAUCCUUGAGAAGUCGCUCGUCGUCACACUUUUGGAGCACUUUGGACGAGAGGUGGCUGAUCUAAGGUCAGAAAGGAGUGUCCUGAGGCAAGAGUGGCAAGCAAAGAGUGAGGAGCUUCUGCAGCUGCAAAAUGAAAGGCAUGACCUCCUAAAGAUCAGCUGCGAGUUACGGAAGGAGAUGGAGGCUCGUAAUCGUAAGGUGGAGGAGAUGAAAGGUGAGGCAAAAUUCUUGGUCCGACAACUCUCAGAGCUGCAAGAGUCACGUCAGUCAUUGCAAGCUGAAGUUAUCAAGCUGAUAGAAGAGAACUCCUCACUCUCAGGCAAGCUUUAUGACUCCAGGGAGAAAGAGAAAACAUUUGAAGAUGAUUUGAGUACUCUCCUUGGUGAAGCAAUCAGUACAGAUAUCCUCGGUGUCAUUUUCAAAAGCCUUCAUGAUGAAAGGACAUCUCAGCUGCAGUCUUUGCAUGAGGAUUUCGGGUCUCUCCAUGCAGCAGGCAAUGAGCUUUAUCAGGAGAUCAAGCUGAUGAACAAGAAACUUGGUGACCUGCAACUCGAGAACAACUAUCUCGAGAAGGAGCUCAGUAAAACUAUGAGCAUCUGCGAUAGCUCUGGUUCAGAAAUCGGCGCUGGAAAGAGGCGCACGACACGAAGAGAUACAAAGCUAUUGAAAUCUGGCAGGAAGAGCCAACAAGACAGCAUUGUGAACAUGGAACAGCGCAAGGAGGUCGACCAUGCUGGGCUUGAGAAAUCAAACGAAAUGUUAAGGGAGAAGCUCCAGAAGCUGCAGAGCGAAGUCCAAGUGCUCAGGAGCAAAGAACAGCCAGUGAUUGAUGUCAAGUCCUGUGAUGCUGAGAUCACAAAGCUGCUGGCAAACAUGCAGAUGGCCACUGCCAAUGCAGCUCUCUUCAAGAAGAAGGUUGUCGAGCUCAUCGCGUCGUGCGAGAGCUUCGAGAUAAGCGAAAUGGUACAGAAGGAGGUUCUGAAGGAAGAGAUCACCCGGAGGAACUCUUACGUGAACGCGCUGAAGGACAAAUUGAGCGCUGUCGAGAUCGAGAACAGUAGGCUUAAGGUUGAUCUCAAUGGUGACUUCACACUGUUGGGAGCCUUACAGACUGAAGUCAAUGCCCUGGAGAAACAGACAAUGUCACUGGCCAAGGAUUGCUUACCAUCAAAUAAGCUCAGAGUGGAGGAAUUUUCAGUGUCACCACAGCUCUCCAAGAUAGCUGUGAAACCAAGCGAGGAUCAAAACGCAACGAAGAUGGUGAAGGACAUGGAGCUGCAGAAGCUGCACGGGACCAUCAAGGCGCUCCAGAAGGUGGUCAUCGACACCGGCGUCGUCCUCGAGCAAGAACGGCUCGACUUCAACAGCAACCUCCAGGACGCCAGGAAGCAGAUCGAGAUGCUCAAGCUCAGGGACAUGGCGGCCGACAGCGACGCCAGCGAGGUGACCUACGAGCGCAUGCUCAAGGACAUCCAGCUCGACCUCGUCCAGUCAUCCACUCCUGGCCGGAGCAGAGCCGCCGCCGCCGCCUCGCACCGCCGCAUGAGGAGGAACGCCGGGGCGCAGGCGCAGCCGGACGCCGACAAGACGCAUGGGCUGUGGAGCGUGGUGAGGGCGAGCAGGCAGCAGCAGCACGACGAGGAGGAUCUCCGGCCGCCGCAGAGCGAGGCGUCGGCGGAGAGGGGGAGGAGGUCGUGCUCGUCGGAGCUGACGGUGGUGAAGGACCUCAGUGUCGACAAGCAGGAGCUCCUCCCGAGGCCGGCGGCGGCCGUCGAGGCGCCGCACCGGGAGUGGAAGAAGAAGGUGAUCGAGCGGCUCUCCGCCGACGCGCAGCGGCUCGUCGACCUCCGGUCGAUCGUCGGGGAGCUCCGCGCCAGCGCGGAGGCGGCGCCGGAGCUGGAGGACGUGACGGCGCAGAUGGUGGAGGCCGAGGGCGCCGUCGCGCAGCUGAUCGACACCAACGGGAAGCUCCUCCGCAAGGCCGAGGAGUUCACGUCGGCCGACGUCGGCGGCGGCGAUGGCGGCGACCUCCGCAGCCGGAGCCAGCGCAAGAUCCUCGAGCGGGUGCGCAAGAUGUCGGAGAAGAUCGCGCGGCUGGAGCAGGAGACGCAGCGGUUCCAGCACGCGCUGCUCCGCCACGAGGAGGAGCGCGCCACCCGCCGCGCCGCCGCCGCGGCCGCCGCGGCGAGCUCCAAGGCCUCGUCCACCGUGCAGCGGAGGUCCUCGAGGGUGCAGCUGGUGGAGUACCUGUACGGCCGGCGGCGCGACAGCCGGCGGCAGCGUCGCGGUCCGUCGUGCUGCAUGCGAGCCAAGGCCAUCGACGACUAACUCCUCUCUCUCUCUCUCUCGCCGGCGGCCGCCGCGCCAUGAAGAAGCAACGAGUUGAUCAGAAAGAAUUAAGCUUUUAUUUUUCUUUCAAUUACAUCUUUUUAAUCCGUUUUAAUCUCGUGGAAUUAAAAAAAAUCCAAGUGUAAUUGUGGCUUCGUUGUGGUGAUCUCGUUUUAUCAUGUCGUCUAGGUAAAUAAUCUCGUGGACUAAUCCUUAGUUUCGUUCAAUUAUGAUAUCAUCAACUCAGGUAAUCCGUAAUCGUAAUCAUCGUUGUAAAUGGUAGUAGUUGUCCAUGACAGCUUCAUCAAACUUGUUUCGUCACCGUUCUUGUUCAGCUUCUGAAUUUCUCAUGU